AUGUCCGGCCCAAUUUCUUCGCCUACCGCGAUUCACCCUGCCCUUAGUCACCCUCACCCCGCUGAGCCUUCUUUUCCUUCGCUGCAGCGGCCGUCGGAUGGAGUUAAUAAGGGCGAGUCCGCCAUCUCCGACCGAGCGACGGGGCCCAAUAUUUCUUUUGGCUUGAUGUCGUCCCCCCCAAGCGCCGUCCUCCCCCAGACUCAAGACUCCAACCCUCCCGUCCGACAUGCUGACCUCGCGAACCCUCCCAAAUCCGCUCUGCCUGCUCUAGGCUCCUCGGUGACUACCGAUUCCGAUCCCCUGCAUGGGCAGGGAAACCGCCUCACUUCUCCCCCAGCACCAGCUCGCGGCCACCGCAAGAACGCACUCUCGAUCGAGGCUGUUCCGAGACAGACUAUUAUGAAAGCAUUGGCCUCGGUGGCUCGACACAACAGACCUGAGCCCCUUUCACUCACCGGCAUGCUUUCCGCUCACACCAUGGCCGACAACCGGCCCACUUCUUCUUCCUCCCAGCAGCUUUGCGAUGCGCUCAACGGACUGGCUGCUCAGCAGAGCGCUCGCAGCACCGCCAGCCAGUACAUGACUCCCGCAACCGCCUUCCCUUCGCUACAGUCGCCAUGCUUUUACCACAACCGCUUCGACGACGCCGUCGACUUUGAGAAGGUUCUCGAGGAGAUCAAGAACGACGAGUACAUGUCGCAUUCUCGCCUGGUGCAAACCGCCACUGGUGUCCGGGAGGUAUCCAAGCAACUGCAGCGUCGGCCCAUCAGGCGUGCUGUGCGAAGUGUCAUGAUUGUUACCAAGGCCCGCGAUAACCAGCUGGUCCUCCUCACCCGCGAGCUUACCCAGUGGCUGCUUCGGACCCCCAGGUAUGGUGCUGAUGUGGGAGUAAAUGUCUAUGUGGACGCCAAACUCCGCCACGCCAAGCGUUUCGAUGCGCCCUCCAUUGUUGCAGAGAACGAGAAAUUCAACGACAUGCUCCGGUACUGGACCCCUGAUCUUUGCUGGAGCCAGCCUGAGAAGUUUGAUCUUGUUCUGACCCUUGGUGGUGAUGGAACCGUUCUCUUCACAUCAUGGCUCUUCCAGCGUGUUGUGCCACCCGUUUUGUCCUUCAGCUUGGGCAGUCUGGGUUUCUUGACGACCUUUGAAUUCGAAAAGUACAAGGAGCACCUUAACCGGAUUAUGGGCGAGGCUGGAAUGCGCGUCAACCUACGGAUGCGCUUUACCUGCACCGUGUAUAGGGACAGGGACGGAUCCGUUGACAUGGAGGAGGGCGAGCAAUUCGAGGUGCUCAAUGAGCUCGUCAUUGACAGAGGGCCGUCACCAUAUGUUUCCAACCUGGAGCUGUACGGCGACAAUGAGCUUUUGACCGUGGUCCAGGCGGAUGGUUGCAUCUUCUCCACCCCUACUGGAUCAACGGCCUAUUCGCUCUCAGCAGGCGGCUCUCUCGUUCACCCGGAUAUCCCCGCCAUUCUCCUGACGCCCAUCUGCCCACACACCCUCUCCUUCCGCCCCAUGGUUCUGUCGGACACCAUGCUUUUGCGGGUUUCCGUCCCCCGUCACAGCCGCGCAACAGCCUACUGCGCCUUCGACGGCAAGGGCCGUGUGGAACUCAAGCAGGGCGACCAUGUUACGAUUACGGCUUCGCAGUACCCCUUCCCCACGGUGGUUCGAACAGACACCGAGUGGUUCGACAGCGUAUCACGAACUCUCAGAUGGAACGUCCGCGCCGCCAGCCAGAAGGCUUUCGAGACGGGUGCAACCAAGGACGAAGAAGAAGAAGACUGCUGGGAUAUCGACACGGACUCUGCCUGCUACGCUAGUGAGGAGAGCAGCAGUGCGGCGAGCCCUCUAAGGAGGCAAAUGAGUUUAUUGGGAUUGUGA